AGCCGUCGGACCAGUUCUUCUGAUAAACAAGGGUGCGCUUCUGCUGCGCUGUGAAAGGGUCGGGUCCUUUCGCGGAUUCAGUGUUUUUAUACAUUUAGGGUUGCUCUGCAAGAGGUUAUUUCUCUCCAACUUCAGCUACAGUGAUAGCUAAGUUUGGAGAGGAGGGAAAGGGAAUAGUCGUGUUUUUUUGUUUUUUUUUUUUCGAAGGGAAUAUCUGCAACGAGGAUUUACUCUGCCUGUUUAUCGCGAACCACACAAAGGAGGACAAAUCGUGGAAAGUAAAAGCGAAAAAAUACAAUAAAUUAAAUGCACAAUGGACAACGCUGCAUCUAAGAAACCUUGUUGCGAAAGAAUUCGCGAAUUCUUCGUGUCUGCAAAAUUCCUCAUUUACCUCGGACAUGCCCUAUCAACCUGGGGGGAUCGCAUGUGGAAUUUUGCUGUGGCCGUGUUUUUGGUGGAGCUGUAUGGCAAUAGUUUACUAUUGACGGCCGUGUAUGGACUGGUGGUUGCGGGGUCCGUCCUCUUAAUGGGCGCUAUUAUUGGUGACUGGGUGGACAAAAACCCCCGACUGAAAGUGGCACAGACAUCCUUGGUGGUCCAGAACACCGCUGUAAUUCUGUGUGGUGUCCUUCUGAUGGCCGUUUUCCAGUUUAAAGAACAGCUUUCUACCUUGUACAAUGGAUGGUUACUGACAUCAUGCUACAUUAUGGUAAUCACCAUUGCUAACAUUGCUAACCUGGCCAGCACAGCUAUGUCCAUUACCAUCCAGAGGGACUGGGUGGUGGUUGUGGCUGGAGAUGAUCGGAGCAAAUUGGCAGAUAUGAAUGCCACUGUCAGAAUAAUCGACCAGUUAACCAACAUUCUGGCUCCAAUGCUUGUGGGCCAGAUCAUGGCAUUCGGUUCCCAUUUCAUCGGUUGUGGGUUCAUCUCGGGCUGGAACCUGUUCUCCAUGUGUUUGGAGUACUUCUUGCUCUGGAAAGUCUAUCAGAAGACUCCAGCACUAGCCAUCAAAGCAGGACUAAAGGAAACUGAUGACCAAGAAUUGAAAAAACUCAAUGUUCAAAAAGAGACUGGAAAUAGUGAAAGUCCAGCUGAAGGCUCCCAACUAAUGAAUGAAACCACUGAGGUGAAGACGUUCGGCGAGAAGUCCAGUUGCUGCUAUCAGAUGACAGAGCCCAUUCGUACCUUCAAGGAGGGCUGGGUAGCCUACUACAAUCAGUCCAUCUUCUUUGCUGGCAUGUCUCUGGCGUUCCUCUACAUGACAGUGCUGGGUUUCGACUGCAUCACCACAGGCUACGCGUACACUCAGGGCUUGAACGGUUCAGUGCUCAGUCUGCUAAUGGGAGCCUCAGCCAUAUCUGGCAUUUGUGGAACGGUUGCCUUCACCUGGAUUAGGAAGAAGUGCGGCCUGAUCCGAACUGGCUUCAUCGCUGGAGUGAUCCAGCUCUCGUGCCUCAUGCUCUGCGUGGCCUCUGUCUUCGCUCCUGGAAGCCCCUUUGAUCUCAGCAUCUCGCCCUUUGAAGAGAUCCUUAAACAUCUGUUUGGAGACAGUGCUUCGCUGCGAGAGAGUCCUACCAUUGUUCCCACUAUUGAGCCACAGGGCCUUACCAACAAAACCAUUUUUGAGGAAGGCCUCCAAGUGAAGUCCUACUUGUCUGUCAGUCUUCUCUUUGCUGGUGUCAUUGCUGCUAGAGUUGGCCUUUGGUCCUUUGACUUGACCGUGACCCAACUGAUCCAAGAGAAUGUGAUCGAGUCUGAGAGAGGCAUCAUCAAUGGUGUCCAGAACUCCAUGAACUAUCUUCUCGAUCUGCUGCACUUCAUCAUGGUCAUCCUUGCACCAAAUUCUGAGGCCUUUGGCCUUCUCGUGAUCAUCUCUGUUUCCUUUGUUGCCAUGGGACAUAUGAUGUAUUUCAGGUUUGCCUAUAAAAGCCUCCGGAGUCGACUCUUCCUCUUCUGCUCACUAGAGCAGAAGCAAGAUCCCAAUAUUCCCUCAUUUUCAAACUCUGUAUAACUCUUUAAAGAGACUGUAGGCCCACUCCUACUGGAGUAGUGUGUGCUGUGUUUUUAAGAGAACCUUGCCAGGGUUCAUGCUUUAGCUGCUUGCAGUGCUUGUGUAUCCACUUGUAUUUACCCAGUGCAGUAGUUUUUCUUAGCCAUUAGCUGAAAUAACAAAUAGAUCAGGAGCCAACAGCAUAGCUUGCUUUUGAGAUAAAUGUAGGGGUGUUUGUCAAAAGGCAUUUUAAACUACCCUGUGUUCAAGGGGAUGUGAGAAAAAAUGUUAGGUGGAAAAAUAGAAAUGAAAACAAUGGUUCUUGCGGUUAUACCAUGCUUUAAUGACUUUUGUGUAAAGCUCCAAAGCAAGCCAGGCAUAUUUAUUCUACUUUACGCAUUUUGUUGGUUUUUUGAUUAUAUGGUCAUUGUUAACCUUCAGACUAAGCUAGCAAGUUUUGUAGUAUGCUCUACUUAGUGUAGUUUUGUAAUUGUUGUCCCUCAAUACUUUUUGUAAUCUAUGGUUUAAAGUCUCUUUAAUAGUUAUUCAGAGCCUGCUAGUGAAACAUUCAGGUAUGCUUAUAUAUUUUUAGAAGUGUAGGCAGUAUUCAGUAUCUCAGCUUCAUGUAUCAGGUGCUAUAGUAUUACAACUCUUCUGAAAAAGCUAUGCAGACAAAUACAGUUUGUACACGUAACCAAAGUGGAACUGAUCCAUAUGAACAGGAACAGAUGAAAGGGAGAGAAUUACAGUCGUUUUCUUUUCUUAUACAUUCCAAAUGGAGUGGACAUUACAGUAUGGACAAUUUCUGUAGGUGUAGGCCCUGAUACUCUUGCCCCACUGUAAUUGGAUUUCAAGUUCUCAGCACUAUUGUUUCCUAUUUUUGUGACCUGUUUGAUUUGAAAGUGAUUUUAGCACGAUUCUUGUGCGUCAGUAUUGUUACACAAGCACUUUAUGUGACAAUACUUUGUCCCUUAUGAAAGGCACACGCAACAAGACACUUCAGGCAUUUGUUGAUACAUUUGCACAAGAUUGAAUCACUGCGUUUUUGGUUCAUGGCUGGCAGAAAUUUUUACAUUUUCACUGCAAUAAACCAUGGAAUAUUUUGAUCGAUAUUUUAUACUAUUAUCUUGCUCAAACAUAGCAACAAAAAUGUGAUUUUCACCAGGUGUUUGCAAUAACAACUACACCACCCUUGUCCUUGUGAAUUUUACUUCCCUUCAAGUGAUGCCACAGGUCUUUGUUUUGACACUUGGUACUGCAUGUCCCAAAGCCACAAACUUUAUACUUGUGAUACUUACAUCCUCUUGAAAACCACAGUUGGCUCUAUAUACAUAUGAGUUGUAUAAUCUUAAGGUUGGAAAUCAGCAGGACUUCACCAUAUGCACAGAACAGAGAAGGGAUUAUUGAGUCCAUGUGGAAAAGUGCAGCUGGUUUGUUGGUUUUUGUAAUGUGCAGCUGGUCACUAACGCAGGUGUCAUUUGAUCUUUGACAUUAUUGUCUGAUGUCACUUGUAAACAAAGCAUUUUUAAAGUACCUCUCGAGAAAAGUCAACAAUUUCAUCAUACACUUUGCCCUUAUGAACAUACUGUUGCUUUUAAACACAGUGUGCACAUUAUUGUCAGUGCAUGGUAUAUUGUCUGUCUCUUUGUGAAUGUGAAUCUUUAUUUACAUCUGUAAAAUCUAUAUUUUUGUUUAUUCUCAUGUUGACUAGUUUUGUUAGAAUUAAGUUUUGUCCUAAAAUACACCACACCCAAAAGAUUUGUCCCUUGAUGGAAUUUCAGAAAAUAAAAACAUGCUUUUGUUGAA